AUGCCUGUCGUUCCGAGCGACAAGCUGGUGUCGCUGCAGCAGGCGGCUGAUGGCAUCAGGAACAUCUGUAUCUUAGCUCACGUGGACCAUGGCAAGACGUCCCUUACAGAUGCCCUCAUCGCCACCAAUGGGAUCAUCUCCCCCAAACUUGCCGGCAAGAUUCGCUACCUCGAUUCGAGACCCGACGAGCAGUUGCGCGGUAUCACCAUGGAGUCGUCCGCCAUCUCCCUAUACUUUUCCCUCCUGCGACGGUCCGCGCCCGAAGCACAGCCAGAGCAGAAGGAAUUCUUGAUAAACCUCAUAGACUCGCCCGGACACAUAGACUUCAGCUACGAGGUCUCUACAGCAUCGCGUCUCUGCGAUGGCGCUGUCGUGCUCGUAGACGCCGUAGAAGGUGUGUGUAGUCAGACCGUCACAGUGCUGCGACAGUCAUGGAUAGAGAAGCUGAAGCCUUUACUCGUCAUCAAUAAGAUGGACAGGCUAAUUACAGAACUGAAGAUGAGCCCUGGAGAGGCAUACACACAUCUGAGCAAACUGCUCGAACAGGUAAACGCCGUCAUGGGCAGCUUCUACCAAGGCGAGCGCAUGGAGGAUGACCUCCGAUGGCGCGAGAAGAUGGAAGAGAGACUAAAUGCUGCAGCUGAGAAUACUGAAACACGAUCCUCAUCCAUACUAGAAAAUGGCGACAGCAUUGACACCACGAGCACACCCGCCGAGUACGAGGAGAAGGACGACGAGGACAUCUACUUUGCCCCAGAGAAGAACAACGUAAUAUUCGGCAGUGCCAUUGAUGGCUGGGCCUUUACGGUAAGACAGUUCGCCAGCCUGUAUGAGCGAAAACUAGGCAUCAGGCGCUCCAUUCUCGAAAAGGUACUUUGGGGCGAUUUCUACCUAGACCCCAAGACGAAGCGCGUACUCAGCUCCAAGCAUCUCAAAGGUCGUCAUCUAAAGCCCAUGUUCGUCCAGCUUGUCCUAGACAACAUAUGGGCCGUAUACGAGGCCACUACAGGAGGUAACAACGGGAAGGGAGAUCCUGCUUUGGUCGAGAAGAUCACCAAGUCGCUCAACCUUAACCUUCCAGCACACAUUAUGCGCUCUCGCGACCCUCGCGCACUCCUAAUGGCUCUCUUCGCAGCUUGGCUCCCACUGUCAACUGCUUUACUAGUUUCAGUCACCGAAUACCUGCCUCCACCUUCCAAAGCACAAUCUGAGCGCAUGCCCGACAUCAUCGAUAGCUCGCCGGGUGCCGACUACGUUGCUCCAGAAGUGCGCGACGCCAUGACCAACUUCAAAGCCUCCAAGGACGAUCCUGUCGUAGCCUAUGUCAGCAAGAUGAUCUCCGUGCCGUCUAGCGAAUUGCCCCAGAACAAGCGAAGAGGUGGUGCGCUCACGGCUGAAGAGGCAAGGGAGAUGGGACGGAAGAAGAGGGCAGAGAUUGCUCGGCAGCAGGCUAUCGCAAACGGUGAGGAUGCUGACGUCGGCGGGGUCACGGAUGCCCUGAGUUCUGCUGCUAUUGGAGAAACGGAGACGCCUGUCGAAGAGCCGCCAGAGCCAGACGUAGAAGCUGAGCAUCUCAUCGGAUUCGCGCGUAUCUUCUCUGGUACCCUGAACGUUGGCGACGAAGUCUACGUUCUUGGCCCUAAAUUCACCCCAGCAAAUCCGCAUGCCGCUCCAGAGCCUCAGAAGGUCAAAAUCACCGCCCUGUAUCUGAUGAUGGGUCGUGGUUUGGAGCCAUUGACCUCAGUGCCGGCUGGUGUCGUCUUUGGCAUUGGUGGACUUGAGGGCCACAUCCUAAAGUCCGGCACCCUCUGCUCUCAGCUUCCUGGAUCUGCCAAUCUUGCUGGUGUUCAGAUGGGUUCAGAACCUAUUGUGCGUGUUGCGCUCGAACCUGAGAACCCAUACGAUCUAGACAAGAUGAUCAAAGGCUUGAAGCUUCUUGUCCAAAGCGAUCCUUGUGCGGAGUACGAGCAGCUGCCAAGUGGAGAGCAUGUUAUCCUGACAGCCGGCGAACUGCAUCUUGAGCGAUGCUUAAAGGAUCUCAAAGAGCGGUUUGCCAAGUGCGAGAUUCAGGCCGGUGAGGCUAUUGUACCUUACCGAGAGUCGAUAGUGGCCGCGACCGAGAUGAAUCCGCCUAAAGAUCCCAACCUACCUCGAGGAACCGUUGUUGGUGAGACUGCUAGCAAGCACGUUUCCGUUCGCCUGCGAGUCCGUCCAUUACCAUCUAGCGUGACUGAAUUCCUAGGAAAGAAUGCGGGUGCGAUUAAGAAGCUAUACUCCGAACGACGAGCCGAAGACGAAGGAGAGCAUGCCCCACAUCGUGUGCACGGUGCUGAGGACGAUGGUAUACAAGAAGCUGAACAACGCGAAAUCGGACAGAGUCUGAGCUUCGAAGAGUUCAAGAAGCAGCUCAAGGAGGCGUUUGCCGAGGCAAAGGGGCAGAAAGAGAUCUGGACCGACGUGAUUGAGAAGAUCACAGCCUUUGGUCCCCGGAGAAUAGGACCAAACAUCUUGGUCGACGCGACCAAGGAUGGGAUAUGUGGUAGAGCACUCCGCGAAUCGUCUUCACCAGAUGCUGACACGGACAACUCCACCGACCGCACCAUAUCCGCACGCACUUUCUCCUCUACCAUCGCAUACGCCUUCCAACUCGCCACCGCACAAGGUCCCUGCUGUGCCGAGCCCGUCCAAGGCAUUGCAGUGUUUCUCGAAGACGUUAUACUCAACAUCCCUGAUGAUGAGAGCGCACAAGACCGCGGCCGCUUGACCGGUGAGGUCAUUAAAGCAGUCCGCUCAUCGAUUCACCAAGGCUUCCUGGACUGGUCACCCCGCAUGCUUCUCGCAAUGUACAGCUGUGAAAUUCAAGCGUCGACCGACGUCCUCGGUCGCGUCUACGCCGUCUUGACGCGCCGUCGCGGAACUAUUCUCUCUGAAACUCUCUCUUCAACAUCGUCUGCUUCUACCACCGGCUCGCAGACCUUCACCAUCAACGCGCUUCUCCCCGUCGCCGAGUCAUUCGGCUUCAGCGACGAGAUCCGGAAACGCAGUUCCGGAUCUGCGAGUCCGCAGUUGAGGUUCGCUGGUUUUGAGAUGCUAGACGAGGAUCCCUUCUGGGUGCCGUUCACUGAAGAUCAACUUGAGGAUUUGGGUGAGUUGGCGGAUCGAGAGAAUGUCGCGAAGAGGUAUGUCGAUAAGGUUAGGAGGAGGAAGGGACUCAGAGUUGCGGGUGAGAAGGUGGUUGUUGAUGCGGAGAAGCAGAAGACGUUGAAGAGGUAG